AUGGCAAAAGCAAGUAAAAACACGCCUGCAAAAUCCACUAGUGAAGGCAAGAAGAACUCGAAGAUCACAGAGACUGGUAGUAAGAGAGGGUUGAAGGGUCAUGAAAAUAGCACAAGAGAAGAGGAUGGUGAUGCUGUGAGCCUCGAGCCACCCGAAAUUGAGACAUGGGGAAGCUGGGCAGGGUGUGUCGUAUGUGGUGUGCUACUCGUCCCUGAUGUUUCCUCUUCCGAGUCAAAACUCGACACAGAACUGUCUUCUGAAAAUUCAGAAUCAGCAUCUGCAUCACUAAUCCAAGGUAGAGAGCGCCUCAUCCUCGCAAGUUCAGAUAUAUCUACAUACCAGGUUCGGCCAUAUCUUGUCCAGCUUCUCGACAAAGUCGGGGAGAAAAUUGAGAAGCGCGAUACGUGCGCAGUGGUCAGCACUUGCAGAGGGUUUGAUGAGGAAGCGAUGAUGAUUGAGCUGGAGUUGUCAAGUGCAACAUUUAUUCCGAAUUGGAGGACGAGAGGGACCACAGUUGCCACUGAAACACCAACAAACUCGAGUGCAGAGACGAGGCAUAGGAGAACGUGGUUGAAUCCGUCGGUUAUGUACAGAAAUCCAUAUCCUUCUCCAUCUGACUCUGACUCUGCCAUGUCGAUCUCUAUGAUGUUCUUGGGUGGCAUUCUGGAUUUGAGGGUUGAGGCGGUGGAUGAGGGUUGGUGGUGGAAGAUGGGUGGGAGUGAAGACAACAUGGAGAAGCAGGCCGAGGGCGUGACCAUGGAGUUGCGGGCGAGAGGUGAUGCAAUAGAUAAUCCUCCCUUUGGACACACCAGUGACACGGACCACUCAAGAUGCUGCGACGGAUGCAAAGGUAAAGACGCAAAUCUGCUUGCAUCGCCAAUACUGAUACACACCCGUCAACUAUUUACAAUGGGCAAAGGCAAUCAAUCGAGACGUUCAAAGCCAUUUCCGCCUCCAGAAGCCCCCGGCUCUAGUGGAGCAAUAGCUAAUGAAAGCUUGCCAGGCCAACACCAUGGAAAAAUCUGUCAGGUUUGGGGGGAAGUCAAGGAUGGCGUGACUAAAAAGAUAUUUGUGAGUUGA